GACUUGUCAAUGAACAACUCAAAGGCAAAUCUUAAAGCAGCUCGGGAAGCAAUCGGCGCGAAAAAAUUCGACGAUGCAGUAAAAGCAUGCAAUCGUAUUCUUUUAUGGGAGUCUGGCAACUAUAAUGCGUAAGCUUUAAGCUGUCUUUGUUAUCCAAUUACACCCCAACAAGAGGCACGCUUAAUUUAACAACUAACGAUCAUGAAUGGUGGCGUGCCAUAGUUGGGUGUUCCUCGGCGUUGCCUACACGGGAUUAGAAAAUGACGAAGAGGCCGAAAAAUCGUACAGACGAGCUAUCGAGAUCAACUCUGAUCAACUGCUUGCUUGGCACGGUUUGGUCAGUUUCUACGAAAAACGAGGACGUAAAGAAGAUAUGGCUCAGAUCAUACAUGAUAUAUUACCCAAAGUCAUAGAGAGUAAUGAUGCCAAUCGGCUUGUGGAAUAUUUGAAUAAGCUCGUCGAUGUAUACGAGAGCACUGAUCAGGACAAGUAUAUUGUUACUCUCAAGUUGUUCCUGCCAGGUAGUCCUUACUACGAUCUAAUCAAGGAUACAAAGUCGAUGCGACGACCCAUUGAUAUUUGGACAACAAUCACAAACCUUACUGAAGCUGAUCAGUCGCGUAUGGUGGAGAGCCGUGUUCAGUCGCGACGUAUGGGUAUCCAUGCCGGACCACCAGAAGAGAUGCGAGCUCAAGUAGAAGCUGAAGUUUACUCCAAGUCACAAUUAGGCGAUAUGUACGAGAACUUACUCAAAUUGUCGGAUUCGCCCGAUACAAUCCAAGCAUUGCAGCUCAAGCUACUCAGUUUCUGGUUCAAGCGAUUACCGGCUAUCGUUGAGAAAUCAAAAGUGUACAAAGAUAUCACUGAUCUCGCUAAUAAGCUAGUCCAAACAGACGUAAAUGAUGCCCUUCCCUACGAGAUUCUUAUUGAAACGACAGACGCUCAAAAGAUUGGUCAAUAUGAUAAGGAUCUUCUGAGCACCGUCGAAUCCAAGUUUCCAGAAACAGGUCUUGCCAAGCUGAUUCAAGGCUACAAUCUCUACCAAGCAGGCGAAAUAGAUUCGGCCUUUGAUAUGUUCGCGGUAGGUAUGGAGCUAAUCCCAGGAAGCCUUUUCGGUUAUCAAUGUCUGUCUUGGAUCUACUAUGAAUGCAAGGAAUACGAAACUGGUUUAGAAUAUGCCACCAAGGGCCGUGAUAUAGUGCGCAAAAAAGGCCGUGAAAGUGGGAAAGCACUGGAAAAAGUACUCAUCUCAAUGGAACUUUGUAUGGCACACUGCUAUCGUCAUCUCAAUACAAAAUACUAUCCUGAUGCCACAGCUUUGUAUAAAAAGGUUCUGGCACUUGAUCCAAAUGAAAUUAGUGCUCUGGAGGGUGUCGGUUUAAUCCUGCGCGAAGAGAACCACUUUGACCAAGCGCUCAAGAACUUUGAAAAAGUGUAUAGCCUUGACCGUACUCGACACAUUUCAUUAGCAGAAAUUGGUUGGAUCUACUGUGAAAAAGAGGACUAUGACAAGGCAAUCCAAUAUAUUUGCCAAGCUAUCGAUCUUGCUGAAGAGGAUGUGGCUGAUUACUACUAUCGUCUUGGCCGUGUCUAUUGGGCUAUUGGAGGUGAAAAUACUUCCCAGGGAUUCAAAUAUUUCAUGCAAGCUGUCAAGCUUGAUCCUGAGUUUGCAAGUGGAUUUACAUAUAUUGGACACUAUUAUCGCGAGGUCAAAAAUGACCAUAUGCGUGCGAAAAAGUGCUACCAAAAAGCAUUCAUGCUUGAUACCCUGGAUACGGAUGCUGCAUUCCACUUGAGCAAUUACUAUAUCAAAGACACUGAAGCGAAUGAGGCCGAAGCUGUAUUCAAGCAGAUCACCGAACUCGUACCCAAAACAGGAUGGGCUUGGAGAAGAUUGGGAUAUUCCAUGAUUAUAUCAAACCAGUACGCAGAAGCUAUUACAUGUUUCCAAAAGGCACUGAGAUGCGACACCAGUGAUUUACGAUGCUGGGAGGGCUUGGCCGAAGCAUACGCUCAUGAAGGCCGAUUUGUGGCUGCGAUCAAGGCAUUUGGACGGGCUACUGAUCUUGAUCCUUCCUCGGUUCAUGCAAACUACGAAAAGGCACUGGUCAAACAAAAGAUUGGGCUGCUAGAUGAAGCAGUUGAAGGAUUCAACACAACACUGGAACUCGCCGAGCAACAAAACCAGCCAAAUUAUCUUCCUGCAAUUAAGGGGCUCGCGGACACAUACAUCGAGCAAGCAAAGGAGGAGAUACAAAAAGGGUUCUUUGGACGUGCUGCUGAUAGUUGCGGCAAGGUGAUCAAAACAUCGUUGGUCGGAUUGGAGCAGGAUCCCUCAAUUGUCGGCUUCUGGAAACUUAUUGGUGAUGCGUGUACAAUAUAUCGGAUCGUGCCUACCAAUCUGCAUUUGUGCGCUUAUACUGAGCUGCAGCAGGCAAUGGUGUUGCUUAUGGAUGGUGGUAAAUCUCCUCAUCAGCGCCUCGGAUUCCCCGAAAACGACAUGAGUGCAGAACUUUUGAAUGACUUUGUGGGCCUUGAUGUCACGGUGGAUGACUUUUAUCUGCCUCCGAAAACUGUGCUUGGCGUUGUUCUGGCCUGCGCUAUGUUUGCAUACAAACAGGCGCUGGUACUGUGUAAAGGCCAUCGAAUGAUUGCACCAGCACUGUGGCAUGAUCUCGCGCUUUUAUACCAUUGGAUGGCUGAAGAAAACCGGACUGAGGAAGGACGGGACAACGGACUUGUAGAAACGGCCAUGCGUUGUAUCCGCACAGCAUUGAAACAAGAACCAUCCCAAUAUCUCUACUGGAACACGCUGGGUGUUGUUGCAAUCCGCGAUUCGCCCAAGAUUAGUCACUAUGCAUUUAUCAAAGCCAUGGAGUUAAAUAGCAGGAGUGCGGUCCCAUGGACAAACUAUGGUUUCCUGUGUUUGUCACGUCAAGAUUAUGAGCUGGCAAACCAGGCUUUUGACAUGGCGCACGCGUUGGAUCCUGAAUGGAUCUCGGCAUGGGUUGGACAAGCGUAUGUGGCGUCUCUUUGGGGAACAUCGGAUGCUGGUGGAAUAUUCCAACACGCUUUUGAAUCGAGCUAUGGAGCAGCGACGGAGUCCAGUUAUGGCUAUGCCGAAACAGCCUAUACGCAGUUGUCGAGCUUGCCAAGUGUGGACGAAAACGGCGUGAAUAUUAUUAUAUCACCCGCUUUUGCACUCCAAAAACUCACGGAACAAAAGCUCGAUGACGCACUUGCGCUAAACCUUUUGGGAUUAUUACUGGAGAGAAUGGGACAAUACGACCGUGCGUCAGAGGCCCUUGCAGGUGCCAUCUUGGCACUCGAGGCACAAUGCGAGCAAGGCCGGAUCACACAAGAAGAAAUGAACCAGCGAGUAGCCAAGGUUCACUGCAACCUCGGACGAACUCUAUGCGCGAAUGAAAACUUUGAAGGAGCGAUUUCCAGCUACCAAAGCGCGCUAGAACAUUGUGCCGGAUCUUCACGUGUUUACUGCCAGUUAGGGGCAGGCAUUGCCUAUUACUUUACAGAUCAGCUAGAGGACUCCUUGAAUAUGUUUGAGACGGCACUCAAUGAAACACAGACUGAUGUGGACCUGCGCAUGGAUGUCACUGUGCUUUUGAGCAAGGUGUUGUGGGCCCUCGACGGAGAUGAACAGCGUGCAGUUGCAAAGGAUCAGAUGUUUUCCAGCAUUGCCGAUAAUCCGAACUACCUUCCUGCAAUCUUUUCACUUUGUGUAAUGGGCAUUCUUGAGGAUGAUGAUACAUUAACAGAUGCGGCUUUGCAGGAACUAGCUAAAAUACCUGUUGAUGUGGCAUUUGAUACAGACAAGGAUCAGAAGAUUUCGUGGCUGUUUUCACGAUACUUCCGAUUAAAGAACGACCCAGAGCAGGCGAUCAGAUCACUUGCGAAAAGCGUUCAUCGACUACCGUGGCUGGCAGGACUGUGGAGUCAUUUAGCAUCGGAUGUCUUGGAGUAUCGUGACACAUCUGUAACAUCAUGUGCUUCUGCUCGAACAAAGAAUGCCGUCAGUCUUUCUGCCUUGACUAUGACCAGCAACUCCAAGACCGCCACAGCUGAUUCCAAGGCUGAAGCUUAUGAACAUGCUUCACAAGCGUCAUUAGCCGAUCAAGACGAAACUAGCGCGAAGCAACACGCAAACCGCGCUGUCAUGAUUGCUCCUUGGCGGGUUAAUGCAUGGAAAACCAUGGCAGCAGUUCAUAAAAGUCCCGAAAAAGCCCCUGUGUAACUAUAGUAUGAUGUCAUGGUGAUCGUUUUUGUUCUAUCCCCCCCCCUCCUUUUUCUAAUUUUGGUACCCGCACAAGAGAUUUGUUACCGUCAUUUUUCCAUCAAUAAAAAAAAAGUAUAUAUAGGCCCGCUUUACA